AACCUCGGGGCGAGCUUCAUUCAUGACGCUCGCUGCGACGAAUGCCAUUUUGAAAAAGCUCCGUCACCGUUGACCUCGACGCCGGUCAAACGACGCGGGUAUAAUCUCGGUGCAAGCUCUGCUGCAAGGGUGGUGAAUGUCGCGAAUACCCUGUUACGUGGCUAUCUACAUCGUCGACGGGAAGUGAUCGGGGGAUACGGAGCCACUGUUCGGCAGAAGAUGUCGCCACUGGAUCAGAAGCAGCGAGAUUUAGGGGGUGGAUUUAUCAUCCCUUCGCGGACCAGAUCCGAACACUCAAAUUUCUGGCACGUCGAUCUCUAGAUGGGGUGGGUUAGCUAGAGAAACGGGGGGAGGAGGAGUCCUGAAUAUUUUUUCCAGGAUCCAUCCAGAAAUGAUUUCUUUGCUUCGUGAGGUAUACAAAUUGUCAAGUCAAACUCUGCAUAGCAAUUUGAAAAAAAAUUCUCCCCAAUCAAAUGUUUAUGCUUCCAAUAAAAGUGGGAAAAAUUAUUUCGGAAUACAUAAAAGGAAGGAAUUUAUUAUUCUGUUUGUAAUUCUCGGGUUGAAUUGUUUUUUUUUUUUUUUAUUUCUUUAUUUUUUUUCUAUCGUUAUUAUUAUUAUUUUCGACAGAGCGACGCGGAGGGAUAUACGAUAUCGUCAUUGAAAUUCCAAGACCAAUCUCAAUCGGCGUUCAGGAGUCGAAAUCUACCGGCAAUAAAUUCAAACGACAUGAAAGCCCCGCGUAUAUUCCCUCUGCAUAUCAUCGAGACCACCAUUGAUCGCAUCGUUUCUCGUAUAUAGCUAUCCAUGAAGUCGUAAAUGGGGAAAAAGUUAUCGGAUAUAAAUAUCACCUCUGAAAAUAUUAUACUUGCAUAUAAUACGUGUAUCUACAUAGCUACCUAACGGUAUAAUAUAUCGAUCAGCUUUUAUAUCAUAUACGACUAAAUCUUCAAAGUGUAACUCACUCGUGUGUGUCCCUUUUACGUUUCACGCCGUUACUCGUUUACCACGUGUCUCGUAUAUUUGGGAGAUACUAGUUACUCACUUUUAAGAGCUGUAAAAGCAUUUUUACGAAAAAUUUACCAGGCCAUAUACCGAAUUUACUAUCGAACUUGUUCCUACCCGGCUGUAUAUACAUUUACACUUCUGGGGUAUCGUGAGAUCGGCUGAAAACUUUACAAACAACUCGCAUCGACGUUACUAUAUUGGAACAGGGUAGUCCGGUAGGUUCGAUCGUGGAUAUUGGAACCCCGAGUGAAAAACCGAGUAGAAAAAGGAGUAGGAAGAGGAGGGUAACGACGGCGAUUUAUACACGCAGAGAUUCGCUUCAGAAAAUUUAUCGCAAUGUUUCUGCCCAACGCGCGACCCAAUGCGUAAUAAUUCAAUCGAAGUGUUACCCUGGAACAACCUUCUCUUCCUCCUUCAUUUGGAACAAAUAACUAAAAACAACUGACACCAAAUCGUUACGAUUUAUAUACCCGUUUUUAUAUUUUUUCGUUUUUUUUUGUUUUGUUUUUUUUUGUUUUGUACGGUCGUACAAUUAAUCGAGGUAAUACGUAGUUCUCCUGCGGUAUGAUCGGGUCACAUUCGGACGUCGAAUCGACCAUUCCACCUCAACAUCACAUUUGAAACUACAUACGAUGUUCCGGUCACAUUCGGAUAUAUGUUACGAAAAUCAUCAUAUCGCAAUAACGAAUACCCAAUAGAAUUCAGAGAUAUUUAUUGAAAGGUGGGGCGAACGCGGUUUAAAUUGAAGCACAUAUUUGCUUCGAAUAUCUUUUUUCAUUUUGGUCGAUAUAACGAUGUCCAUCAGAGAAAGUGGACCGAUUUCUGCUGUAAUUUUUUUCAAUUUUCGAUUAAAAAGUUCUCAUCAAGUUCCGAUGAAACCACCACCAAAGCCCACCGCAUAUACCACAGCUUCGAAUAUAGGGACAAACAUUUAUCGCAAAAAUUUUACACCAAUCACACCCACAUCAGAGAGAAAGAUUUUCAUUCGGCUUUUUUCUUUACUUUGUUCCUUUUUUUCGAUGUUUAUUCGGCUACUUGCGCAUGUAAAAUACGUGUGUAUAUAUCCCAGAUACCAUCAGACGAGCAUACGGGAACAAACAGAAGAGGAUGAAAAAAAGAAAAAGAAAAAAAAAAAAAAAUUCGAACGUUAAAUUUGUGAGUCACUCUGGUAUCACACAGCUGCGCGAUCAAUUCGUUCCAAUAUUUGAAUAACACAAAGUGCGUUAAAUUCGGCCCGCAAUUGUAAUCGUAAAUUAAAUUCCGAGUAAUUAUUUGAGUUGAACGAAUUAAACGAAUUCGAGGUUUUUUUUUGUUUUUAUUUUUUUUACGUUUAUCUUUUUCCAAUUCUUCGGCUACUUCGUUUAUUUUUUUUUACUCCUACUGCGCCGCGAUCGGAAUUUUCAGUGGUUCGGUGAAAUUCAAUAUGACUACAUCUAUGGAACGGUUUUCAAUUAUUACAAUGUUCAACGUUGUAAAUCCGGGUGGUUUACGAUCGAACCAUCUGCAGCGGUUGGGCUGUCGGCCAUGGAAUCUCAGUUUGGUCAGUGUGAUAAUCGUCACGUUUUCAAACAUGUUGCUCACCAUGCUGCUUCUCCAGUCAGAAGACUGCGAUACGAAUUACACGGGUCCCGCGGACGAUCAGCAACCGGAAACGAACGGCUUUACGGAAUGGAACUUGGCAGUCGGGACUUCGGAGUCGGCGGUCCAGCAGCAGCCCUGCAUCGACGCGAGGGACUAUCAGCAAGCGACGCCGGAAUCGGACGUCUUGCGGAUGGACGUUCGACUGGGCAGAUGGGACGUACGAAGACUCUACAAAAUGUUCGAUUCCGUGGUGGUUGGCUCGCAGUAUACGGCGUUGUCCGAUAAAUAUUUGUCCUGCAUAGCGACGCAAAGUUCGGUGGAAAAGCUCCACUCGCUCGUGCAAGUGGCCCACUAUUGGACGGGGCCGAUAUCGAUAGCGGUGUUCACCGCGGGGGACGAGGACUUCGUUGUGUUUCAGGAGUACUUGAGUUACCUGAGGAAGUGUUACGCCCCCAUAAGGGAGAGGGUCACUUUUUCGGUGGCCAUGCCGAAGGCGAGACUGGUAAACGGUCAGCCGAAGGACGCGCAACUUCCCGAGGGCCUCGAUUGCCUGAAGCCGGAGGCGACGCUCAAUAGAUUCGUCCAAGGACAGUCGAAAGCUCAAACGACAUGGAAAACUAAAAACGUCUAUCCGCAGAAUCAUCUGAGAAAUUUAGCGAGAAAAAAUUGCCAAACGGACUACGUGUUUCUCACGGACGUCGAUAUCAUACCGAGCUCAAAUUUUUCCGAUCUUCUGAACGAAUUUUUAAAAAACUCCGCCUGCGACAAGUGCGCUUACGUUAUACCUACCUACGAACUCGACAUGAGGGUUCGAUUUCCGCAGAAUAAAACCGACCUGGUCAGACUCGCCAACAAGGGGCUGGCCAGACCGUUUCAUCAAAAAGUGUUCAUUCAUAAUCAGUACGCGACAAACUUCACUAGGUGGAGUUGGGACGUUUCGACGAGCCGCGGAGCGGGUGAUUCCGAGAUCGUCAAGUCCGGCAAGGUGCACGUCAGUCACGAGGUGACGAAUUUUGAAUUUUUUUACGAGCCUUUUUACGUAGCUCGCGAUACCGUCCCGGCACACGAUGAGCGAUUCAUGGGUUACGGUUACACGCGAAAUACUCAGGUGUACGAAAUGUACGUAGCUGGCUACGAGUUUCUGGUUCUCUCGCCAAUUUUUACCGGUCACUGGGGUCUUCAGACGAAAAAGGGCCGUCCCGCAUGGCGCGAACGUCAGAACAGUUUGAAUCGAAAAUUGUUCGAAGGUUUCAAGAAGGAAGUAUUCGCACGUUACAAUCGCGACCCUUUGAAAAUGAUGAAACGACCGAACUGACGAAAGUUUUCAGGGCGAUUCAGAAUCGCUUAAAUUUGUCGAAUAUUAAUCGAUUCUGCGACGCUUGCAUGUACGAUUGUCGUAACGACACGUACGAAUACGCGAACGCACGCGAUAAUUGUAAGGCUGUAGAACGCGGGAAGAGACUGUAAUUGUAAAAGAGAUUGCGGGCGUAGAAAUCGUCCAUUUGCGAAAAGAGCUUAUUAUCCGAAAAUUGCGGAAACAAUAAAGUAAUGCGAUUGUAUGAAGCUGAAGUAUUAUAAAGCUACGAAACUCUUGUUGUACACUUUCGUUUAAAUUGUAAUUAUCGAACGAAUAUUUAGUCAAGUAAAGGUUAUCCAAAAGAUUAUAUGAAAGAUGAUUUUUCUACGAACUAAUAAUAAUAAUAAUAACAACAAUAAUAAUAAUAUAAUUAUCAUUAAAAAUGCCAAAUUAAUGCGCGGUUCAACCGUGACGGAAUUAUAAAUAUCACACUUGACAAAAGUAAUGGAAAAAUUAAUCGAGAAAAUGAAAUGUGAAUAUUACUAAUUAAGAGCUAUUAAAAAAUAGUCUAGAGCGUGUAUUUUUAAUUCAAACUCUGUUAUUUAUUGAUUCAUUUUAUAUGUAUAUUACGUAUAUGUGUAAAAAAAAAAUAAAUUAUAAAUAUCGUAGUCCCAAUCUAGGUUAAAUGAUAAUGAUGAUAAGUAAAUUAAUAAAAGUGUUGGAUGGA